AUGUUUAAUCUGGCAGUGCCGCUGGCACUUCUAAUCGUUGCCACAUCGGCAAAUCCAGUGGAUAGAAGUGUUCGCGCGUUCGAUACGUACCGUCUACCAAACGCAACCAUCCCCACCCACUACGACCUUUAUCUCGACACGAACGUGCAUCUGGAUGACCUGGCCUACAGUGGGAUCGUGAAAAUUAGUAUCCGAGUGGUGGAGAGUACAAAUCAGAUUGUACUUCAUAGUACGCGUAGUGUUAUUGUGAGCCUGGUGUUGCGUAACAGCAAUCAGUUGUCGGUUGCUCUGAAAGGUUACGAUUUCGACGAAGAUAAAGACUUCUUGGUCGUCGAUACAGCGGAGGCUCUGUCUGUCGGAAGUUCGUACGUUUUGGAAAUAGAUUUUACCAACAGUCUCGAUCGUACCGAUGCUGCUGGGUUUUAUCGAUCAAGCUACGUGAAUGCAGAAGGUGUCACGAAGUAUCUUGGAGUGACUCAGUUUCAGUCGACUGCUGCAAGGUCAGCGUUCCCUUGCUACGACGAACCCGGAAUUAAGACAACCUACAAAGUGCAGAUUGCUAGUGGAGUAUCAUAUAAUGCUAGAUCCAACGCUCCGGCUCUGGGAAUACAAAUUCUCCCCGGAGGGAAGAAACUCACAACGUUUCAAACGACUCCACGAAUGCAAACCUAUCUGUUGGCUUUCCUGGUUUCCGACUUCGUGAAUGAAAGACAGGUGGUCUAUCAGCCCCAUCAGAUCGCCGUUUCCACGUUUGCGCGUCCAACAGCCAACGGUCAGUUGACGUAUUCCGUCGACGCUUCGGUGCGCUACCUGCGGGAGAUGGAAAUAUACUUCGAUCAAACCUACGCCAUGUCGAAGAUCGACAAUGCAGCUAUCAGCGUACCCGACUUUUCGGGAAGUGCCAUGGAGAACUGGGGCCUGGUAACGUACCGUGAAACGUACAUUCUGUUCGAUCCGGAAAUCGAUGGCGAAGACCAGCAGGUUAGAAUUGUCGGAAUCGUGGGCCACGAGUAUGCUCACCAGUUUUUCGGAAACCUACUGGCGCCGGAGUGGUGGUCGUAUCUGUGGCUAAAUGAAGGUUUCGCUCAUUUCUACGAGUACUACGUAGCGGAAUACAGUCAUCCGGAGUUGAAUAUGCGUGAUCGUUUCGCAACACAAAGAGAGAGCGCAUUGACCGCUGAUGCCAGUGAAACAGUUCGCCCAAUGACUUAUUAUGUGGAAACUCCAACGGAGAUCAGCAGGCUGUUUGACACAGUAGCCUACGCGAAAUCUGCCAGUGUCCUUCGUAUGUUAAACUAUGCCGUCACUGAACCUACCUUCCAAAAGGGGCUCCAAUAUUACAUCCAACAAAAUAAAGAGCAUGGAGUAGUAAACGAAGAAAACUUGUUCGAUAGCUUAGAACAGGCAGUGAAAGAAGACUCCCAGCUUCCACAAGAUCUUACCAUACAUGAAAUCUUCCGAACAUGGUCCAAUCAGGCGGGCGCUCCCGUAGUCACAGUCACCCGUGUCGGAGAUACCGAUGAGUUCCUGUUCAACCAGGAACGAUACUACACCACUGCUCCGGAAACCCCCGGACAAGAGUCCUGGUGGAUUCCGAUUUCAUUCUUCACCCCUAGCAGCAACGGCCAGUACAACUCGAGUGCUGCCUUCUGGUUGCCGCCGAAUUCUCCGGACUACAGCCAACGCAUCACCCUUGCAGAAGGGGACUAUUUGACUGUAAAUCCUCUCGCCCGUGGAUACUAUCGAGUGAACUACGAUGAAGGAAACUGGGAGAACAUCAUCGCCACUCUGUACGAUACUCCCGAAGUGUUCCACCGUUUAACCCGAUCUCAGCUGGUUGACGAUGCAAUGAAUCUAGCACAUGCUGGAAAACUAGACUACUUCAUCGCUUUCCAAGUGUUCGACUACCUGAACCAUGAAACCGAUUUCAUUCCCUGGAGUACUGCUUCCAGCAAUCUGAACUUCCUGAAGCGUAUGCUCCGUCACGACAGCGAAGCGCUGGAAAAUUUGGAAACCUACAGCUCAAUGUUGGCUUCCAACCUUCUAGCGACGUACGGAUUUGAAGCCAUCAAAGGCGAAUCAGCUGAUGCCGAGGGUACUCGCCUAAUCGCUCUGGAAUGGGCGUGCAGCAGUGAUGAUUCAUGCCAAGCGGAAGCAGCACAACGACUACGAUCAUCACGAAGGGCUGACUCGUUCGUCAUUGGUUCUACAGCCGAACAGAAGCUCCUAUGCAGUCGAAUGCGCAAGACAGUCUACGACGAAUUUGCAACGAUGCUGAACAGCUUACAAGCCACGGUAGACCCGAUUGCUCGAUCCAAACUCAUCGACACCAUCUCGUGCGUUGAAGAUGAAAGUUCAAUCGAUGCUUUGAUCGAUACUAUCAAAUCAAAUAAUGUUGAAGCAUCAGAAAAGGGGCAGAUUCUAAGAUCCAUCUACCAAAACUCGUUGUCCGGGUUGAAUGCCGUCAUCGAGCUGCUCGACACCACCACCAGCAUCGCUGAAGAUUUGAACAUCAACAAUCGUCAGUUGUUCGCCUUGCUGGAAGACAUGACCGAUUACACCGUUCAGUUGGAAGCCGCCGAACGUUUGGUUGACAUCAGCGAAAGAUUUGCGCCAACGCAGUUGGUAUCCACAAUCCAGGUCAAGCUGCGCGACAAUCAGAACUGGGUUCAGCGGAACGGGGCCAUCGUUUCGGACAUGCUGAAAACCCCUUCUCAAAUUAAUUUUGAUUAUAGCAUUGGCGGCGACACCAUUCGCAAGGAGACCGAAACUCGAUUCUGGUUACCACAGGGAACGUCCCAAGCGACCAUUAAUUUGGACAUUCCGAACGGCGAAUAUCUUCUGUUGAAUCCUCAACAAACUGGGUACUACCGCGCCAACUACGAUGCAGCUCUGUGGGAAAAACUGAUCAACAAAUUGACAACCGAUCUAGAAGACAUCCCUGCGGUAUCCCGCUCGCAGCUGAUCGAUGAUUCGCUGAAGUUGGCCCUAGGCGGACAUCUGCAAGUAGAAACACCAUUCGAGUUAAUAAAGUAUUUGGAGAGUGAAUCUGAUUACAUACCUUGGUACACAUUUUUGGCAUCGGAAAACCUGCAGUACAUCAACAAGGCAUUGAUAGUCGAUGAAGCUGCGAGUAGCGCUCUGAAGGCCUUCGUAAGCUCUUUGAUGGAGCAUCUUUUCCUUGGAUUAGGCUUCGAAGAACACACGAAUGAGCCCCAUGAACAUCAACGGCUCCGAACAAUGGCAGUAUAA